GGCCGCCUUUCCGGCCGCGGCGAGGAGCGCGGGUGCGGGGCGCGCAGCAAGAUGCUCUCGGCGGCAGCCUUGGUGUGCGUGUGUGCGGCAGCCUGGUGCAGCCCGGCGGCGGCGGCGGCGGCGGCCGGGGGCAGACCGGACAGCGGCAAUUUUCUGGACGAUAAACAAUGGCUCACGACCAUCUCCCAGUACGACAAGGAGGUCGGGCAGUGGAACAAAUUCCGAGACGAAGUAGAGGAUGAUUAUUUUCGUACAUGGAGUCCGGGAAAACCAUUUGAUCAAGCUUUAGAUCCGGCUAAAGAUCCAUGUUUGAAGAUGAAAUGUAGUCGCCAUAAAGUCUGUGUUGCACCGGAUCAACAAACUGCUGUUUGCAUUAGUCACCGAAGGCUUACGCACAGUAUGAAAGAGGCUGGUUUAGGCCAUAAACAGUGGAGGGGUGGUCCCAUUUCAUCAAACUGCAAGCAGUGUCCAGUAGUUUAUACCAAUCCUGUUUGUGGAUCAGAUGGUCACACAUACUCAUCUCAGUGCAAAUUAGAGUAUCAAGCCUGUGUCUCAGGAAAACAAAUCUCAGUGAAAUGUGAAGGACGUUGCCCUUGCCCUUCUGAAAAAUCCACAAAUGCAGCCAGAAGUGAUAGGAGAGUGUGCAGUGACCUGGAAUUCAGGGAAGUAGCAAACAGAUUGAGAGACUGGUUUAAGGCACUUCAUGAAAGUGGAAUUCAGAAUAAGAAGACUAGGAUUGUUCAAAGGCCUGAAAGAACCAGAUUUGAUACCAGCAUUCUGCCAAUUUGCAAAGACUCCCUUGGCUGGAUGUUUAAUAGGCUUGAUACGAACUAUGACCUGUUGUUGGACCAGUCGGAACUUGGAAGCAUUUACCUUGACAAGAAUGAGCCAUGCACCAGGGCGUUCUUCAAUUCUUGUGACACAUACAAAGACAGUUUGAUAUCUAACAAUGAGUGGUGCUACUGCUUCCAAAGACAGCAAGACCCACCUUGCCAGACAGAACUCAGCAACAUUCAGAAGCAGCAAGGAGGAAAGAAGCUCCUAGGGCAGUACAUCCCCUUCUGUUGAUGAAGAUGGAUAUUACAACCAAGUCAGUGCCAUGGAAGCAUAGGGCAGUGCUGGUGUGUUGACAGAUACGGUAAUGAGGUAACAGGAUCCAGAACAAAUGGUGCAGCAGAAUGUGCAUGUGAUUUAGAGACUUCAGGUGAUUUUGCCUCUGGCGAUUUCCGUGAAUGGGCAGAUGAGGAAGAUGAUGAAGUGAAUAAUGAUGAUGAAGAUGAAAUUGAAGAUGAUGAUGAAGACGAAGGAGAUGAUGAUGUUGAUGACGACGAUGAUCAUGAUGGAUAUAUUUGAUGAUAUUAGGGGGUCCUGUAUUGUACCUUUCUAAGUUUCAUGAGAUGACAUUUCAUAAAAUCCCUUUGCUCUCCGUGAUCAAAAGGGUACUAACAAAUAUGUAGAUUUGUAUGAUUAUUUUCAAACAUUGCAGCUGGAGUCAUAGACUUUUUUGUUUAAGUAAGAAUAAUUAUAUUAUGUGCUUUUGAGUUUUAAAUGCCGUUGCGCUGAAGAAAACAUAUUGGAAAUCUAACCUGAAGACAAAAAUGUUACGUGCUACUGAAAAUAUAAAUGGGCAAAACACGUAUAAAGACAACCAUUCUCUUUAAAAACUCUGAUGAAAAGAUUUUGCCCUUUCUUGGAACGUGCAUGUCCUCUUCAGAACACAUACCAUACUCAACGUCAGUUCUGUCAGUGGUUUUAGGCCUUGAAGUCUUGCGGGUUGUCCAUUUUAUAAAUCAGAAGUGUAAUGGCAGUAGAAAAAACCUUGAUGCCAAGUACAUCUCACCAGCCUUUAAUUAACCAAAGGUAUGGAGAAAAAAUUAUCAGAGGGAAGACUAAAACAAAGUCCUCCUUUGAGUUUGCGUUGUAGUUACAUUUUAUUAGGGAAUGGCUAGAUUGCGGAAAGAAUUUUUCAAAAAGCAGUAGCAUGGACAAGCACCAUUCUUGUAAUUCUAAAAUUUUCCUUGUCCUUAUUUUUUUUUCUUUUCUUCAUGUCAAGACAGUAUAAGCUUUAUCAUUAUUUACUCAACAUUGUUUCACCCUUUGUUGUUUCUCUGUAUUUCCCUCUAAUCAGAUUAGCAUAAAAAUUUAUCAUGGGGAAAAAAGAUUGCCUUAAAAUUGUAUAUACCUUUAUACAUGACUGUAUUUCAGAGUAUUGUCACUUGACCCAAGGUAGUUUUAAUAAAUGUAUAAUGACGUUUUUAUUUUCUUAAUUCAGGAAAUAGUUUCGCUUUUAUCUUAAUUCAUGUCAUUUCUGUUACUAUGCAGAAACUUAGAGAACGUAAUGUAAAGGGUGCCUUGCAAAAUAGAAAUAGAGAGGUUUUAGCAUGCAUACCAGUAUAGAUAUUAGGCAAUAGGUAAGCACACCCAAUUACCAAUUAAUACCAUAUAGGUACUGCUGCUGGAAUGAAGAAGUGGAUUAUUUUAAUUUUUCCUAUUAUUAUGUAAUUACCAUGUGGACUAGAUUAUACUUAUUGUGUAGAGUAGCACGUAAGAUUUGACUGUAGAAAAAUUACUUUAAUCACUGUAUUAUGUUGGCAUGUUAAUUAAUUGUGUAGACAUUUCAGGACUCCAUCAUCUUAAUUCAUAUCCUAUCUGUUGGGUUUUGCCCACAAUAAAAUUGACAUGACCUGUAUAAUGUGUUACUGCAGGUUGUAGUUUGACAAAUGGAUCACCGGUUUCCCACUGUUUAUUAAAAGGAAAAUCAGUUUCUUAUUUGAAUUAAUUUCUACACAUUAAAUACUAAAUCUAAUGUUUAUUCUGUGUAAUAUUGAAAAGUAUAAUGUAUUUUCUUUUCUACUGUUUCUGUAUAGUUUGCAAAAUAAAGACUGUUGUAACCAA